CCCGCCUUGUGACACGCACAUUGUGCGAGUGUGUGGAGAGGGCUCUUCCCUCGCCAGCCUCUCUCUCUCUCUCUGCUGCUGCUGUUGCUGCUGCAGUAGUCAUGGCUGCGGACGGGGUGGACGAGCGAUCGCCGCUGCUGUCAGCCCCCAGCUCGGGCAACGUGACGCCGACGGCCCCGCCGUAUUUCCCGGACAGCAGCCCAAGAGCAGAACUUCCGCCACCGUAUACUGCCAUUGCCAGCCCAGAUGCCAGUGGAAUUCCUGUAAUAAAUUGCCGUGUGUGCCAGUCAUUAAUCAAUUUGGAAGGGAAGCUUCACCAGCAUGUUGUCAAAUGCACAGAUUGCAAUGAAGCUACGCCAAUCAAAAACCCUCCUUCAGGGAAAAAGUAUGUUAGAUGUCCGUGUAAUUGUCUGCUUAUCUGUAAGGAUACGUCACGGAGGAUAGGAUGUCCAAGACCCAACUGUAGGCGAAUCAUUAAUCUUGGUCCAGUUAUGUUGAUUCCAGAGGAGCAGCCAGCACAGCCUGCAAUUCCUGUUCAGCCAGAAGGCACUAGAGUGGUGUGUGGGCACUGUGGAAAUACAUUCCUGUGGAUGGAACUGAGAUUCAACACUUUGGCAAAGUGCCCACAUUGCAAAAAAAUUUCUUCUGUUGGAUGUGCACUUCCACGAAGACGGUGUUGUGCAUAUAUUACAAUUGGAAUGAUAUUUAUCUUCAUUGGAGUUGGAUUAACUGUUGGUACGCAAGAUUUUGCCAGAAACUUUCAUGCCACUUAUGUUUCUUGGGCUAUUGCUUACCUCUUAGGCUUGGUCUGCCUAAUUCGAGCCUGCUACUGGGGAGCCAUAAAAGUCAGUUAUCCAGAACACAGUUUUGCAUAGACUCCUUAUGCUUUCUUAUAGAAAAUGGAGAUUUCUAGAGGGUCUGAUAAUAUGAACUGAGUAACUUAAAUAUUUUUCCUUUUAAUAUUUCCAUUCUGUUACAGAUAGUUAUAAGGCUGGGGAUCCUUUAAGAACAAAUGUUCAUUGCACUACAUUAUAUGCAAAUAAUUUGUUUUGCUGCUAGAUUCCCAACCUCUGAAUACUAAAGCUUUGUUUACACUAUCAUACAUCUGUCUUAAAAGUACUGUUGAAUUCAAUUCCAACUACAGUAUUCUUUUACUAUAUUAAACAGUCUGUGCCAUUUGAGAUGAGUAUGUAAAAGCAAGGUGUUUGAGUUUCUACAAUUGCUUCACAUUUGUAUGUACACUUACAAACUGUAUCAAAGCAGCCUGCUUUAAAAUUUUAAGCAAUAAGCAUAUUGCUUUAACUGCUUACUGUAACUUCUACUUAAGAACAAAGUGAUCUUACUAAGUGUGCAUCAUUUUGAAGAAGGGAGCUUUUGCUAGGGUGUCACCAUUUGUAAACACAGUAUGCUUUCAAAUUUCCAAGUCAAGGUGUAAUAUUUUGGUAGUCCAUCUUAAGAAAAAGGUUAAUUUAAACAUAAUUAAAAUUCAGCUUAGAUAAUUUUUUCUUUCUUUCUUUCAAGGACCCUGGCACUUAAUAUUUUUUAUCUUUUUACAGGCAAAGCCAUGAUUGGAUUAAUGGAACUUAAUUGCUAGCAAUUUGUAUGAGUUCCUUUACAGGGUCUAAGUAAGGGAAGCAUUUGAUAUGACUUGUUUUAUAAAUUUAGAUGACUAUAGGGUGAUGUUGGGUUACCUCUCGGUUUGCUUGGAUUGUGGUUUAUUUUCCAUAAUAGGAAAAUAAUUUUCCAGUCACUGCAAAGGGAAAUAUAGCUUUACACUAACUAACAGGAAAUGAAAUAGAGUAAACAGUUACUCUGAUCAUUCCAUAGAUGUAUAGCUGGUUAGUAUAACACUGAAAACUAGUUGAACAAUACAACAACUAAAGAUGAUUUUCUUGAGGUCACAAAUAAAUUAUGGGGACCAGUUAUUGCACUGCCCAUCUUUGAAGUUUUACACAAAGUGUUUUUUAAAAUUCUGAAGGAAUACCCUGAGCCCUUUAGAUUAUAGUAGUCCUUAGAUAAUGGGAGUUGAGGUUAGAUAAACGUGAAUGUUCCAGGGUUGUGCAUAAUAUUUUCAAUGAUCUAUAUUCCUGUUUGGGGGCAAAGUGAUGCUUGGGUGAGGAUUUGGAGCACAAUAAAUGUAUCCUUCAAACUGUAAAUGAAAGUCUUUGUAUAAUGUUAAAUGUACAAAAGCAGUAGCUCAGGAUUACCAUGUACCUUUUAAAAUACACUAAUAAAGAUUAUUAUUCAAAGCUA